CCUCCAAAAAUUAUUAGGUCAUUUAUAUGGGCCACAACUUAGUCCUGUGAUUGUGUUGCCUGGUUGCCUUUGAGAAGGAAAUCCAUUGGAACUUAACCAACACACAGGAUAUACAGAUAUAAAAAGUAGGUUAUUGUGGUACUUACAAUAACUAGUCGUUCUGUUCCGAGUAUGACAAUGACAUCAAUUUCUUGGAUGGAUGCACAGCAUCAGAUGAUGAUGGUUCUGAGAUUUGGGACAUCCUGAUGGAAUUGAUGGAAUAUCAGCCCCAAUUUUGGAGACCCGGACUUUCGGUCGAACUGAAGUGGACCCGUUUGUUGUGGCAUGCAUUAGAUCACGUGAUGUCUUCGAACCCGAAGAGCGAUUUUGGAACUUCAAAUCUGAAAUCGAGAAGCUAACGCCCUAGUCAGAAUAUACAAUCAUUACGACCCCCCAAUAGCUCUCUCAAUUCCGCCAAAAACGAUUAAAUUGUCGCCAUGGCCUCCUAUCCUUCUCUGGCCCCUUUCAUCUCAAAGCGACCGUGGCUACUGAAAUUCUUUAAGCCCGUCGCCAGUUGGUACAGUAAUGCCGCCGGCUACCGUCAACUCGGUCUUCGAGCCGAUGACCUGAUUGUCGAAGAAAACGAAAAUGUCAUCAAGGCAUUGAAGCGCCUACCGUCGAAAGAGGCCUACGACCGCGUUUACCGACUUCGACGUGCGUUCCAAUGCAGCACCACCCACAAGCUGCUACCCAAAUCCGAAUGGACCAAACCCGAGGAGGACAUCCCUUAUCUACAGCCAUUGAUCAACCAAAUUCACGCCGAGGAGAAGGAGAAGCAAGCCUUGGAUUCAUUGACUGUUAUACGAAGUCACUAAAUUAACCUAGCGACGAAUACUGGGCGAGCCGAAUGGCAGACUUGUACAAAUAAGACUUGCAUUAAGGAAAGAGGAAUAGAAUUGGCUGAAAGGGCACUCCCAAUGAUUCCAAAGUGUACAUACCUAGACCACUUUUCCUCCCAUUGAGCUAUAAAACUACCGUCUGAACACAUGUGAAUCGUCUUGAUCUUAUGUUUUUUCUUUCUUUCUGGAAGAUAGUCCUAGUUAGUUGUAGCGCCAAUGAUAUAAAUACGAAACUACGAAAUAGAUCUAUACGAU